GACCACGGGCAGCCCACCCGGUGGGGGCAGCAGCUUCUGCCUCUUGCCUUCCUUGGGAGGACUUGGUGGUGCCAUGGUGGUACUGCGCAGCACCGACAAGGCGAACGGCGGCGGGGUCGGCGUGCCGCUGGAGCCCUUCCUGCACCAGGUCGGGGGCCACCUGAGUAUGCUGCAGUACGACGCGCACACAGUAUGCAAGCCCCUCGUCUCCCAAGAGCAGAAGUUCUACGAGUCCCUACCCCUGGCCAUGAGGUGCUUCACUCCACAGUACAAAGGAACCGUCACAGUGCGUCUCCGGAGAGACAGCAGAGGUCAUCUUGGCCUGGUGGCCAACCCACUGAAGGAGAACCUGGAGCCUCUGCAGGUCUCCCCAGAUUCCAGAGCGGUAGCCAUCUGGCAGACACUUCAGCAGACAGCCAGCAGUGAUAGCAGCCCCCGUCCCCUGGCCCAGCUGGCACGCUCACUCAAGGAAAGCACAGCCAAGGUGCUUCUGAGCUCCGACUGCCACCUCGGUACCCAGGCCUCCCCGCUGGUGGAAAGUGCGGAUGGGAGCCAGGUGGAGAGAAGGGGCUUUAACCCGUGGGGCCUGCACUGUCACCAGGCCCACCUGACCCGCCUGUGCACUGAGUACCCGGAGGACAAGCGGCACCGGUUCUUGCUCUUGGAAAAUGUGGUGUCACAAUACAAGCAGCCCUGCAUCUUGGAUCUAAAGAUGGGGACCCGGCAGCACGGGGACGAUGCAUCUGAGGAGAAGAAGGCCCGUCACAUGAAGAAGUGUGCGCAGAGUACUUCAGCCUGCCUGGGUGUGCGCAUCUGUGGCAUGCAGGUUUAUCAAACUGAUAAGAAGAGUUUUCUCUGCAAAGAUAAGUACUACGGAAGGAAGCUCUCGGAGGAGGGGUUCAAACAAGCCCUUUCUCAGUUUCUCCACGACGGAACCCGCCUGCGCACAGAGCUCCUGGAGCCCAUCCUUCGCAGGCUGCAGGCACUGCUCGCGGUCAUCAGGAGCCAGAGUUCUUACCGGUUCUACUCCAGCUCCCUCCUCAUAAUCUAUGAUGGGCAGGAGCCUCCUCAGAACGCUCCUGAGACCACCCAAGGCAGCCCCUCCGGUGACCCUGCCAAAGUCGAUGUCCGAAUGAUUGACUUCGCUCACACGACGUACAAGGGUUCCUGGAAUGAGCACAUCACCCACGAGGGACCAGAUCCUGGCUAUAUUUUUGGCCUGGAAAACCUCAUCAGAAUUCUGCAGGAUAUCCAAGAGAGAGAAUGAAGGUUGCUGGAACUUUCUAGAAUUUUCUAGGCUACAUACAGAUUUUGCAAAGGGACCCAAGCUAGCAUAGCCUAGAUCCCCUGUAGGUGUCUUUAUAAUAACCGUAUCUACCUUCAAAAGCCAUCUCCAAGCAUGGCUAGCAAUGUUGACAGUUGCUACAGAAAUUUGCUCUGCAGGCAUCCACCCGCCACCGGGCAUCUUCCACGGGGCAGCUCCUCUGGGAGCAGACAGUGAAAGCCGCACCAUUGUCGCCUGGGUCAGAGGCCAGCACUGCAGUGCUGCAGGGUGCCUGCAUUCCAGAACAUGUUUCUGUUGUCAUGCUGCAGUCCUCCACAGCCAUGAGGGAGAGAAAAAACAAAAAAAACAAAAAAAACAAAAAAAACAAAAAACCUCGUGGAAGAAGCCUUGAGGAAUAUUCUGCUUGUGUGAAUGGGCCACCCCACAGGCAGACAUAGCUAAUGCCUGUCCUCUCCUAUGGUGAGUUAUAGGUGAGACAGGAGUAAGUGAACCCUUUUGUCCAUCUUGCCCGCCUUGUACUGGCUGGGGUGCGGUGGGGUGCAGCUCGGGAGGAGGGUUUGUGCUUAGCAUGCAUGAGGCCCAGAGUCACAAAAUAAGAAUAACAAUAAUAAUGAAUGAAUGAGUGGACAAGGAGAGGCCCAGGCAGACCCUGAUACCCUGCUUGGCAUGUGAGGGGAGGUGUCCCCACAGACUUCUGGGGGGUGGGGGCCACACUGUGACCACACGGUGACCCUGACCUGGAAAUGCAGCUUCCAGUGGAGGUCGGGUGCACCGCCAGAGGAGCCAAUCACCUUCGGCUCUCUUCUCCAUUUCCAUUUAUUUAUUUUGGGUGUGGGUAGGGGGAGUUGGAAGCAGAGAACCUAGAAGACCAGGAAACCCAGGGCGAUGUUUACAAGAGUGGUGGAUGCUAGUCUACAGGAAAGCAGAGCAAACAGGUCUAAUGAAUUCCUUCUUCUGCAGCAUUGGAACUUAUUACAAUGCCCUGGAGCCCGCCGCCGCUAUGCUAUGCUCCCCAAUUAGGGAAAUAAAUUUCUUAAUAAAAUUGCUGAGGUCACCAGUGAUUACUGGAGCGCCUUAAUACCCUAUCUGUUUGUUUAUUCUGGUCAGC